AUGGCGCUACCGAGACAUCUGCACCUUUCUCUUUCCAACGACACAGACAGGACAACUGCUUUUCUGCCCACGAUUUCGUCGCCCUCCCCCCUUCCCCAGCCGCUCUCCCAUGUCAGGAGCUCGGAGACGGAGUCCACCUCAUCGCUUUCCAGACAAGGCCAUGAGACGACGGAGACCUUGCAGCCGGUCGACCAUGCCCCAUCGCGACCCACGCCGCUGGGACAGCUACCGACGGGCAAAGAGCUCGAGGAUCUAGUCGAGCUCUACUUUUCGUCGGUACACCACUUCGGGUUCUUCGCAUUCAUUCACCAGCUUCACUUCAAUCGCCUCCUCGCAAAGGGCAAGGCCCCUCGCGAAUUGACUCUAAUCAUGAUCGCCAGCGCCAUGCGGUUUGCCGCCCACGCCGUCCCAGAGAACUUGGUGAGAGCCGACGCUUGGGCGGACGCAGCGAUUGGGACCCUUCUCCCGCGCAUCUACCAAGGCUUUGGGGCAAUCCAGCUCAUGACCCUCUUGCUAGCACAACACUACGAUCUAAAUCGUGGCAACUUUACAUCUGCUUGGCUACUGGGCGCUAGCUGCACCAGGAUGAUGCAGAUGAUGUCCCUCCAAACUCUUGACCGUACCUACCCGGCCAAAUUUGCCGCAAAUCUGCGACUUUCGCCACUUCUCUCCUGCGAGGCUCUCCGGCGCGUAGCGUGGUGCGCGUUCUACGCCGACACCAUCGUCGAUGGUGGCCGAUAUGGUUUCCACAUUGUCGACGAAAAUUCAUAUCGUCUCCAGCUUCCGUGUGACAUGGCGAGCUUUCUGGGUGACGAGACGGUUGUGACCGAACCGCUCUUCGUUGUCCCUAGCGACCCCGCCAAUACUAGCACGGCUAGUCUCGACCGUGCACCUCUCGACAUGUCAGCAUAUCUUCUUCGGACGGCGGCCGCACGUCGCCGAGCCUUGCACUUUGCUUUUCGCGCCUCCCAUCGGGAACGGACGAGCGAACAGUUGUCGGCUGAGCUGGUUGCGCUCGAGGCCGACAUAGAAGAUGUUAUAGCGGCCCUGCCGAGGCGAUUCCACUUCAACACAAACAACAUGAUUCUUCACCGUGAUCGCCUCAUCACGUUUAUCCUCCUGCACAUCUUGCGUCACAAUCUUUACAUUGUCGUCGGUCGGGCCGCCCUACAGGUGUAUCAGCGCGAUUCUGCUAAAGCAGAUCUUAUCCCCCAGGUUCGGCGGAACAGGAUCUCGCACGCUCUUCCCAUCGCGGGUCUUAUCUCGGAAGGGCUCAAAGCGGGCAUCAGCUUUGAUCCUCAAAUUGGCGUGCAAGCCUAUGUCGCCCUAGAAAUCCUCCUAUUCGAGCCACGCCGCCUGGCUGAGAUCGACCCGUUCCUCGACCCCAAAGCGCCCGCGCUCAUGGAGGCGAUCCCUCACCUUCUCACUGUCAUUCGGGAUAUUGCAGAUCGAUCCGAGUUUGUCAAACAGCUACACGUCGAGGCAGUCCACCGGCUCCUGCGAUGCGGCCACAGUCAUUUCCUUAAUCAGACCGAUUUUACCGCAUUCCGAAGUGAAUAUCGGCUAGUUUGUCAAGACCCUGCCGAGUACGACUUUCGCGAUUUUCGAUGGGCCAAGCUCGAACGACUACGUCGCGGCGUCAGGCCAUCUACCAAUGCCGGGCGUGACGAGGCUUUGCUCGAGUACGAGUCAGGCGGAGAAACAGCUUCGUCUUCGGCAGCGACUUCGCCUCGCCUCGACGCGAUCGACGUCCGCUAUGCCGCUUCACGACCUUCGGCCGCCCAACGUGGCCAGUCAGUCCCCUCGGCCCCCUCCAACGAACUUGACUUGCCAGCAGCGCAGAGCAUUGAUGGCGUCGGCAUGGCACAGACCCUGCUGCCGUGGUGGGGGCUCGGUGAACCUGAAAACCCCGAUCAAAUGUUUUCACUUGACUGGUCGUGGUUCUUGGCCGAGUCAGGGCACCCAGGGUAUCAAACUGGUGACCUGACGAGGUUUUCAUCGCAGCUCUAA